GGGGGGGUGGGGGAGAGCUGAAAGAAGGUGUCCGACUGGCCUCUCGCUCAGCUUGGGCGGAUUACAGCAAACCGGGAAGGCCGACGAAGAGGGCUGGGGCGACGGGCAAAAGGAUGCACCGUAGGAGCGCUGCAAAUGACGAGACCGGAGGGGAAAGUGUGAAAGAUCCUGGCAACUCGCCAGCACUAUGAGGUCUGCACUGAGGGGCUACCGAGGUUGCCGCAGCACCACAAAAGGGGACAUGCUUGCAACGAAGCUGUGAUUUUUAUUUUUUUAUAUAUAUAUAUAUUGCCUUCUACCCCCAUCUCCUCCCUUGUCCCCUUCUUCUUCCCUGCGCCGGGCUUCUCUGCACGGGAACAGCCAUCCUUUUUGCCUCCUGCCAGUUUGCCUCUUCGGAAGCCGCCGCAUCCCACGCCGGGCUCCAUCGGUGGCUGAGAUUUCUUCCUGGAAAGAGGCUGAGCACCCCACCCCCUUUGCCCAGCUUCUGGCGUUUGGACUUUAUUUAUCCGCUGGCAAAGGGGCUGCUUGGAAGAUGCUCACCUUCAGGCCUUCGGCAGCUGAGCUGCAGGGAAGUGGAUAAAUAAGGUUUGGAAGAGAUGCUCCGGCUCUUGCAGCAUUCCUCUGGAGCUGCCCUUUGUGCAUGGACAGAGCAGGGGAGGCGUUAGGGUUCCAGCUGGCGGCUGGCAUCCGCUGCCAUCCAGAGGGGGUGGCAACCACCCAACCGGCGGCGGCGGCAGAAGCAGCAGCAGCAGCAGCAGCAGCAGCAAGAGGAGAAACGUCUGGCAGAUGCUGGCUAACGGUGUGGGCACUGCCGCCGUCCGUUCCCCCAGGCACUCAUGAGCAGAGGAGCAACCCUGCAGCGAAGGACGACCUACCUGAUCUCCCUGACCCUUGUGAAGCUCGAGUCCGUUCAGCAGCUCCAGCAAGGGGAACAGCAGCAGCAGCAGCAGCAGCAGCAGCAGCAACCGCCAGAGGAUGAGAAGGCAAGGGCUGAGGAUGGGGCUUCUCAGCCGGAGGGCAGAGCAGGCAGCCUCCCCUCCAGCCCUAUGGCUUUUCCAUCAGUUGCCGAAUCCUCCGGGUUAAGGAGCCAUAAGGAAGCUGAGGAGGCGGCCAAGAUCAAGAGGCAAGAGCGCAUCUUCCACCGGCAGGAUGCGCUCUGGAUUAGCACCAGCAGCGCCAGCACUCCCGACUACCUACUGCAGUUGUCGCCAGGCUGCCCUGAGACGCCUGGCCCAUCCCCAUCCCCUGAUGGCACUGGGCGAGCUGGAUCUCUCUGGACCCCACCCAGCAGCAGCAGCAGCCAAGGCAGUCCUUGGGAUCCAAAUCUCGGAUUAACAGCAGCUGCCCCCAGGGCCAAAGCCACCAUCAGCUUGGAUGCACCAGCCAUGAUGCCGAGAUCUGAGGUGCUGGGAACUUCAGUGGCUCCAGUUGUGCCCCCCAAGCCUGACCCACUGGUGCUCCCUGUUGCACCAGCUGUGCCCCCCAAACCCGAGAUGGCGUUGACCUCCAAAUCUCAGCCAGCUGUCCCCUUUAUCGCUCCGCCUCUGGCUCCUAAACCUGAGCCUGUGGUGCCCUUCCAGCGUGAGGCAACUAUGCCAUGCAUAGCCCCAGUUCUGCCACCCAAACCCGAACCAGCAAUUCCCUCUAUAGCCCCCAUCAUCCCCCCCAAACCAGAACCACCUGUGGGCAUUAUCUUUUCAUCUGCUCCUCCCAAACCUGUGAUGGUCGGCCCUUCGGUCUCCUCCACUCUCCUUUCUAAGCCUGAAGGUACUUUUGCCCCGUCAGCUCCUGCUGUAGCUCCAAAGCCCAAAGCCAUUUUGGUUCCAGUCAUGCCCAGUGUGCCACCAAAACCAGAAGUGGUUCUGAUCCCCUCCAAGGCUGGGUUGAAGGAAACCUUGGAGAUCCCUGGAGAUGAGUUGCCAAUCCCACCUCCAACCACUGCCAGCUGCUCCUCCAGUGCUGCUGCACCUGGACGCCGGAUGUUGGUCAGUCAUGCUAGCUGGGGUGGCCCUGAGCCUGGGACCAUGGAAAUGACGGUGAGCCGUGUGGGUGUUUCUUCCUUCUCUCACUCGGGAGCCUCCUCUCCUCACCCUGCUGCUGGAAAUCGCCGCCUCCGCUUGGCCACAAAUAAGCCUUUCAAAACGGUGACCACCACGGGGGCUAAGGUGGGUACAGAGUCAAAGGCCAGCAAGGGGAGCCACAAAGGGGGUACCCCAAAUCGCCUGUCGUGGCCGGAGAGUGAAGUCAAGGGCCGCAUGAAGGUGGCAGUCAAAGGGAGCGGGGAGACUGUCCCCCGAGGAGGGUCCAGGGCGAAACUGUCGCCUCACAAAAACAAAAGCAAGACUCUGGACAACAGUGACCUCAACCAUGGCCCAGUCAGCUUAGCCUCAUCUGGUUCUUGCUCCUCAGAGGCUGCAGUAGGGCUGAAGAGAGGCCGGGAGGGUGGAAGGGCCUCCACUCGUGACCGAAAAAUGCUCAAGUUCAUCAGUGGCAUCUUCACCAAGAGUCCGGCUUCCACUCCCACUCACCCUGGGCCUGGCUGGAGUCUGAGCCAUAAAGAGCUGCUUAGUGCUGAGCUGACCAAGGGAGAAUUACCCAAGGCUGUGGCAAAUAGCCAAGAAUGGACUCUUAGCCGCUCUAUCCCUGAGCUACGCUUGGGUGUCCUUGGGACCAUCAAGAGUGGCAAAUCAGCCCUGGUUCACCGCUACUUAACCGGAUCCUACUUGGGCCUUGAACCUGCAGAAGGGGGCCAGUUCAAGAAAGAGGUCAUGGUGGAUGGUCAGAGCCAUCUUUUGCUGAUUCGAGAGGAAGCUGGGCCACCAGAUGCUAAGUUCGCCAAUUGGGCAGAUGCCGUCAUCUUUGUCUUCAGUCUGGAGAACGAGGCCAGUUUCCAAGAGCUGACUCAGUUCUACGGGCUCCUCACCAACUACCGUGCCGUUUCCGACAUGGCUCUUGCCCUGGUGGGCACUCAGGACAAAAUCAGUGCCAGCAAUCCACGUGUGAUUGAAGAUUCCCGAGCCCGGGCUUUAUGUACAGAAAUGCGCCGUUGCCUCUACUAUGAGACCUGUGCCACUUAUGGGCUGAAUGUUGAUCGGGUCUUCAGUGAAGUUGCCCAGAAGAUUGUGAACAUGAAGAAACAACAGCAGCUGCUUGCAUCCUGCAAAUCUUUGCCCAGCACACCCAGCCAUUCAGCAGUUUCUACACCGGCAAGUAAUGGUGGCCAUACAAGCGACUACUCUUCAUCCCUUCCUUCCACGCCCAAUAUUAGCCAUCGGGAGCUGCGCAGUGAGGCGUCAGCUAUUAUUGGCACACCCAGCUCCCUGCAACGUGGGACCAAACGCCGGACCAGCCUGUUCACUAAUCGCAGAGGGAGUGAUACAGAGAAGAGGAGCCUGGAUAGCCGAGGUGACAACACAGGCAGUGGGAGAGCUAUACCCAUCAAACAGAGCUUCUUGCUGAAACGAAGUGGGAAUUCUCUGAACAAGGAGUGGAAGAAAAAAUAUGUCACUCUGUCCAGUAAUGGUCUUCUCUUCUAUCACCCCAGCAUUAAUGAUUAUAUCCAUGGAACCCAUGGGAAAGAAAUGGAUCUCCUUCGCACCACUGUAAAAGUACCUGGCAAACGCCCACCCAGAGCCAUCUCUGCCUGUGGUGCCUCCUCAAGUAUCAACGGCCUGGUGAAAGACAUGAGCAGCGUUGGAGUUGGGGACAGCAGUACUAGCCCUAGUCCGGGCCUGCUGAAUCCUCCAGUUGACCCAGCAGUCAAGCUCUUAGGCAAACCGGAGCGUUUGCAGCGCUCGGUAUCUUCUUCCAAAGCUGAAGUAUCCAUGGCUGCAGAAGGACUAUCCAGUCCUGGCAGCAGUGGCAAAGACCCUCCUCCAUCUCCUAUGAUUGACAGAAAGAAACACAGGCGGAAGAAGCUCAGCACACCAUCCAAAACUGAGGGAUCAACAGGGCAGGCGGAGGCCAAGCGUAAAAUGUGGAAAUUAAAAACCUUUGGUAGUUUAAGAAAUAUUUAUAAAACAGAGGAAGAGAACUUCGAAUUCAUCAUCGUCUCCAGCACAGGGCAGACAUGGCACUUUGAGGCCAACAGCUUCGAGGAGAGAGAUUCCUGGGUCCAAGCGAUCGAGAGCCAGAUCUUGGCCAGCUUGCAGUGCUGUGAAAGUAGUAAGAACAAGGCCCGGAUGGACAGCCAGAGUGAAGCAGUGGCAAUCCAGGCUAUCCGAAAUGCCAAAGGAAAUUCUUUGUGUGUGGAUUGUGGGGCAUUAAAUCCAACCUGGGCCAGUCUGAACUUGGGGGCGCUGAUCUGCAUUGAAUGUUCUGGCAUCCACCGGAAUCUGGGCACCCACCUGUCUCGUGUGCGCUCUCUUGACUUGGAUGACUGGCCCCUGGAGCUCACUUUGGUGCUCACCUCUAUCGGGAAUGAAACAGCCAACAGCGUCUGGGAGAAAUGCACACAGGGACGCCGGAAACCCACCUGUGAGUCAUCACGGGAAGAGCGAGAAUCUUGGAUCCGAGCCAAAUAUGAGCAACGACUAUUCCUGGCACCACUACCAAACUCUGAACUCUCCCUUGGGUGUCAACUGUUCCAGGCUGUCUUGGACCAAGACUUGGGGGCUGUGCUGCUCUUGCUAGCCCACAGUGCCAAGGAACAGAUCAAUGCUCCUACCGGGGACAAGGACCGGCGCACAGCUCUGCAUGUGGCAUGUGACCUUCCACACGUGGUUAUCACCCAACUUUUGGUCUGGUACGGUGCUGACGUUAAGGCCCAUGAUGCUGUGGGGCACACCGCACUCUUCUACGCUCGCCGAGCAGGAAGCCAAGAAUGCAUUGACAUCUUAAUGCAACAUGGUUGCCCAAACGAAGGCUACAGCACUAUUGCCACCCCAGGCCUGCGCCGGAAAAGCAGCAGUGCCAGCAUGGGAAGGACCGAGGCCCGAACUGCCCUGGUGUAGCAUGCCAGGGGGAGCCUCUUCCCCAUCCUAACGGUGCCAACAAGGGUGCAGUGACUGAUGCCUCCUCUCCUUAAGGAGAUCCCACUCCCCUCUGGCACCUGGACUGUAAUGCCAAGGAGCAUAGAUCAUGACUUGUGUCAUGCAGAGGAGGUGGCAGCUCCCAUCCAGAGCCCAGCUUCAGCGGUUCUGCUUGGCACAGGCUGCCAUCACCAAGACUCACAGCUCUCUCUACUGCCAGGCCUUGAGCUGCUCUGCUGAUAUCCUGGGCAAACAGCCGUCUCUCCAGACAGGUCAUCAGAGAAAGCCUACAGAGAACCGAGAGCAAUGCGUCCCAGUAUUUGGAGUGAAUAAGAAUUAGGACCUGGGCUGACAUUGUUGUCUUCCCAAUUAAGACUUUGGGAAAUGAGAGGGACAAGUGUUUAUGUGGGGUCAGCUCCCCUUUUCUUUCUGGGUUUAUAAGAAGUGUUGAAGGCGGAAUGUAAAUCAGCAUUACUGGAGCGGUUGGUGACUGAACUGUACUAACCACUUCUAUGGAGCCCCAAAACAUAACAAUAGGGUGGUGGGGCAGGGGGGGAGUGUUGAAGGGCCCAAGAGCAUUUGUCACAACAAUAGCACUGAGGGAAGAAGGUUCAAGGGGGAACCUUUGUGUCACUUAACUUGGCUUAAGUGAAUCCCUCUCCUCCCCGUGUCAGGGUAUAGGGCUUAGUGGAUGCACUUGAGCUGUGGCACACUAAAGGGGCUGUAGGCCAGCCUCCCUCAUUUCUAGGCAGGAACGCGUACAAAAACAGGAGUGAAGUUGCUUGCUCAAAUCCAGCGUGGAUGAGCAUGUGGAAAACAUGCAUUUCAUGGAAAAACCUGUUUCCGUUAUUCAGUUUCCUUUGCCCUUUCAACAAAUUGGGUUUUCUCUUCUAGAACGCCGACCCUUCCCACCUCUCAAAAAAUUGAGCAAGAGUGGGAGAGAAAAGUUAGGGAUGUCCUAAUAUAUACAUUAUAUAUAAAAACAGCAUCCUAACUUAACCAGGCAGUAAAACCACCUACUGACUCUUGGGGGCAUUUUUCUUUAUCCCAGAGAGAGAACAUAUUUUUAUUUAGCAGGCACAGCUCCUAAUGCCUGUUUUGUGAAGCGUUUUAAUUUGAAAUGUCAUGAGGCUGUUGUGAAGCCCACCUGCACCCGGCCUUGUCCAGGUCAAAGCCGGUGAGGCUGAAUGAAUUAGGCCAAGACACCAAUUAGCAGCCAGUCUCCACCUAUUGCCUUGCCAGACCCCUUUAGUCUUAGACUCAGGAUCACCCUGCUAUCACCCGGAAACACCAAGCACACUCCUUCUUCAAGCCGCACUGAAACACAUUCCUUCUGCUAACUUUCCUCAGGUCUGGUGCCUGAUCGUUGCACUGAAAUAGCUGUUAUGUCUUACACUCUUUCAAAGGCCCCAGGCUGCCUCCUUCUCCUAGAAACCUUUUCACUCUUUCAGAUCGUUCAGAGGAAGUAACAAAAUGGUUGAGGCAGCUGGUUACGGGCCAAGAAGGGGGCUCAACCAUGGUGAGGCAAACGCUGGGCAUCUCUGAGGAAUUCAACAAGGCCAUCUUUUAUGGAUGCUGAACCUCCUCCUGAAGCUAUAGACAAACUGAGCAGCCAGAGGGGGUUCUUCCAAAGCAACACACAGCCUGGCUGUUAAAAGAAGAGUCAUUUUUUUUAAAAAAGAAAGAAAUGAAGGAACAUUUGUAAAAAGCUCCUUUCUUCACUCCUCCCAGUAUUAUCUCCCCUUUCUGACUUUUGUCCUAGUUUAUUGCUUCAUUUCGAGAAGGAUAAAAUCCUUCCCACUCUUUCUUCUUUCUAGUUUGGCAGCUCUCCUGGUGCAAGUGUUUACAGGCCUCGCCUCCACUGUUGUGGCAGGGGCUUCUGUGUGGUUGUGAUGAGUGAUGUGGUCUCAGGCUUUAUUUCAAAUCUGUGAUCAGGGUAAUGCAAUUAAUCCUCCCUCCCCAGUGUGGACAGACCUGGGCUGGAGCAGCCGUUACAAUUGCUGGCUCCAUCCCACUGACCUCUGGUCAAACCCAGCCUGAUCUCAUUCCUCUGGCCGCUGGUUUGUACCAUGAGAACUGGACAUGCAGGCAAAGGGCACAAGCCCAGCCAGGCCACAUCACCUCUUAAGACACCUAGGGCUUCCUUGCCCUUCUGAAUCUGACCAAGUUCUUGAAUGUACUGGCGAUUGUGUUGCACGAGAUCCAUGCCCCUUAGCUGUGAGAUGGAACCCAACAGGCCUGGCCCCAAGAGGAUGGUUAACACAACCACAUUGUUGCCGGAUUCCCCACGGCAUGAUGGAUGAGCACGGCAGGCCUUUGGGAAGGGAAUCGUGGCUUCCGAGCACUUUUGAAUCCAGCCUUGAGGGUCAGAAGAAGGGAGGGGGCACUGAUCCAUCAACACUGAAUGUAAUUUAUGCUUAGGGGGGCCUGGCAGUUCAGCACAAGUUCCUGGGAGAGCCUCUUGUGCAAGCCCCCGAUUUGGGGCUCGAAAAGUAAGGUGGGCGGAAGUGGGGGGAGGGAGGGGAUGUGAAAGUGCCAGAGCUAAUAUUAUUGGCUCUGUGCAGCUGUUGUAAUCUCUUGGAUUGUACCUUGUAAGUAUGUGACAAUGUAAGAAGAUGUAAUAACAGUGACUGAUUAUUCCUUCUUGUGAUAGCUCUCCAGAGUUGGAUUGCCAAGUGGGUGGGAAUAUUUCCGUUGUUUUUUUUUUCUUCCCUCUUUACAGCAGCAGCAAAUAAGGAAGAGCAUUUAGGAGAAAGUAAAUGUUGGCCCACUUGGAAAUUUCUAAUGCUGGGAAGGAGAAGAGACGGAAAGUGAUAGUAACGGAGUUUGUAACAAUUGGUCAAAUGCAAGCUAGGGACAUGAUAUUCAGGCGAUCUCAGAAGCCUUGCUAUGUUCCCAGGAGACCACAAGAAAGUAACAGUACUCUUAAUUGUCUCCACUUGAUCAUCUCCUUUCCUAUCUUUUAUCCCACUGCAUCAAAAUUUAGUGUUUAAAAUGACAGAAGUAGGGGGAAAAAAACCUCAGCAAAUAGAUGGACAGGAAGAUUCCUAAGAGCAUUUGCUUAACUUGUAUUGCUUUACCCCUUAUUACUUAGCUCCCGUUGGUGUCUUGCUGUAGUACUAUACAGAGACAACUGAGCACAUCUACGUCCAUUGAGAACUUCAUCCACCACAUACUCAAAUGCGUGUGCUGCAUGAUAAAUACUUCUCCUUCUAGCCAUUCUCACCUGUUCUUGCUAUCGCAAUGCCUUCAUUUGUGAACUGCUGCAUGAAUGGUCCAUUGUAGGAAAACCUCAAUUUAAUAGACGAGAGGGGAAGGGUAGUCCGUUAACUCCAAAAUGAUAUCAGUUUCCAUCCAUUUGCACUGUUUGUGUGACACUUGUGUCCAGACUGCUUCAGAAAUGGGCUUUUGUCUUGUUAUUUGCGGGGGAAGCAAAAAGAAAAAUGUUACCCAUCACCUCACAAGCCUGCUGAAUUGAGGUUUUACUGUGUCUUCAUUUAAAGUAUGAUAAUUGGUGAUCUGUAAAUUGAGUUGGUAGAUAGGAAAUGUGGUUAAAACAAGUAGAUUAAGACUUAUUUGGGGGGAAAAUGCCACCGAGCAAUAAUCCAUUACAGUUAGUUGUUGGCUUCCUCACCCUAACAGGCUUCACACAUUCAGUGGGUUUUAUUUGCAGCUGCUGCUUAGUGUCAGUUCUGAAAUGGCUCCUUCUGUGUCUCCAUUAGCCCCUUAAAAUAAAAAUAAAAAAUCCAUUUUGAUAAAAGAAAAACCAGAAGACUCCUCAAAGGGGGAGAUUUAAGGGUUUAUUCUUCAUUUUAGAAAUCCAGUCUGCCAAACUGAAAAAGUACAGAUUCUAAAUGAACAUAAAUUCCCCCAACAUUGAAAAAAGUAAAAAAUAAAAUUUAGAAUUUACUUCAAGUUUAAAUAGGUUUCUUUUUCUUCUUCAAGAGACUGUAGCAGAUGAGUUAGAAUGCUGAAACUUUUUAAGUGCUAUAAUUGGUAUUCGAACAAAAUUAAGACUUUCCUAUAGACAUAUCUUUGCCCAAUUCCAAUGUUACUUUUUAAAUGUAACACUACACACCCACACUAAUCUUUUUACCGUUUCUUUUUAAGAAACGGUACUACACAGCAACACUAAGAUUAAUCUCUUUUUGCGGAAAACCAAGUAAUUCCCACCCCUACCAAAAUCUGCACAAUCAAACUCUUCUGUGCUAAUAAUAAAGGCCAGCUAAGCCACUGUCAUCCCAAUUCAGAGACUUUGGAGAUCCACAGUUUAAAAAGUGCUCACCGCUUCUGUGAAAAUUUGAAGAGCCCUUCCAUGAUGCUCAUUCUUGUAGGCAAAAAAAAAUCAAAAUACUGUAGAUUCAGCAAAUGUCAGAAUUCUUAAUUCAAUCGUGUGCUGUUUAGAAAGGCGUGCACAGAACUUUGAAAGUCAUUUUAAAAGUUAUAUCAGUGAAAAGAUACAUAUUUAUAGGGAUCUCACAUAUAAAGAGUGCAACUCGCUACAUUCAGAUGUUUCAGUGGGACUUAUGCGAUACAUAUUCUUAGUUUCUCUGACAAUAAGACAGGAUUUUUAAAGAGUACACAGAAACCUUUCAAGACUAUUUCCCUUUGUACAACUAGACAAUAGCUCCCUUAUUGGCAGUAACCACGUCAGAAGGUCAUUGUCUUGAAAUAUGUUUCAUGGUUAGUGAACAUUUUUAGAAACUUAUCCCUUCUUAUAUUUUAAUGGAAAAACCUGUAAACAUGACAAAUCUUAUUGAGAGGCAAAGUCAGUCAAUGAGGGACAACAAGAAAAGCACAAACUGAAGAGAAGGUGGGGACUGGGAUUAAACAACAACUCUUCAAAUCAGCACCAAGGUUCAGCCCAACUGUCCAUGAAAAAUUGUGGAACGAAGGCUUCAUACCCAGCCCUUUCAACCAAGGGCUAAAACAGCCUCUUCUUUCUCCUCAUAACAAAGAUACAAAAAUUCCAUCAUAAGUUACAGAGUAAUGGAAGCCAGUUGGUUAGGAUCACCAGUAUAUGUAGCUGACUUAAGCUGCCUUUCUCUUGAGCUUCAUCUCCUAGAGUUGGGGGCUAAGGGCCAGAAUGGGCAGCUGUGAAGUUGGCGCCACAGUCAACGUAAUUGUAGGUCUCCAAGGAACUUUGAGAUAUGUGGCCAAUGUAGGAGAUUUUCACUGAAGUUCUGAAAGGCAGAAACAAAAGAGAAAAAGAUGAUUAUUUUUUUUUAUAAACCAAAAAGUAAGUGGAGUCCUCACAACGUAUACCUAUACUGAAAUGUUAAAUUAUGGGCCAGAAUGUUUAUAUUAUUCAACAUACAUAUUCAGCAAGCUCCACACUGGACAAUGCUCAAGUUAAGCUGCAUUCAAAAACCAUCUGCAAAGUUCUAGGGCAACAUUGUACGUAUCAAUAAAACUAUCAUCAUUUAACGUAAAGGAGAGGGAUCUACCACUGCCAGCAUCUUUUACCAUUUGCCAUGGAGACCGAAGAGGGUAGGAAUUAGAAACCAACAAGAGGGGCACAGACUCCUCACCUCUUUUAAAUUUCCCGUAACUCCACUCUUCUCCUUCAGAAGCCCAGAAAAUAGUUCAUCAAAAUGCAAGUUUGCUAGAUAAGGCAGUGGUCAAGUUCAGAGAGUAAUCUGGGACCUAAAAAGUAAAGAUUCCCCUGCACAUGUGUGCUAGUCAUUUCCGGUUCUAGGGGCAGUGCUCAUCUCCAUUUCUAAGCCGAAGAGCCAGCGCUGUCCGAAGACAUCUCCAUGGUCAUGUGGCCAGCAUGACUAAAUGCCAAAGGCACACAGAACACUGUUACCUUCCCACCAAAGUGGUCCCUAUUUUUCUACUUGCAGUUUUUACAUGCUUUCGAACUGCUAGGUUGGCAGAAGCUGGGACAAGUAACGAGAGCUCACUCCGUUACACGGCACUAGGGAUUCGAACCACUGAACUGCCGACCUUCUGAUCGACAAGCUCAACGUCUUAGCCACUGAGCCACCACCUCCCAACCUGGGACCUACUGACAUAUAAAAAAACCAACAAACCCUCUCUCUGUUCCUACCAAACCUGGGUUGUUCACCAGGUGUUUUUAUAUGAAAGCACUCAGAUAAAGACAUUAAAUGUGGGAGGAGAGGGUUGUUAAGUUUUUGGAGAGACUUUUAUUAUGUGUUAAGACUAAUCCAGGAUAUACAUAACAGUUUGAUUGUCUUUUCCAGUUGUUUUUUUUAAAGAGCAAGCCAUAAUGCCAGCUUUUGGCAACUGUACUAUCAAAAAUCAGCAGAAUUAUUAAAAGAGGUUCUGGGAUUAAGAAAA